AUGUCAGACACUCUACCCUCUCGCUACGACAAGCACGCACCUCGCUUCGAUCCGGAACAGCCGCGGACCCUACUCCGCUAUUUCGAGGACCUGGCGGACUUACUUGCUGCCUAUCCAAAUGCGGUCCCGAAUGAAGCAACGAAAAAGGCGGUAGUGGUGAAAUACAUGCCUAUGUAUGAGGAGGAGCUAUGGAAAGGCGUCCCGGAAUUUUCGGACGACUCCAAAAGCUUUGAGGACUUCAAGGGAGCAGUCUUGGCGUUAUACCCAGCCGUUAAGGAGGACCAGAGAUAUAGCGUCGGGGAUAUGGACCGACUAGUGGGGGAAAGGCAACGAAACGACAUCAUUUCCAUUCGAGAGCAGGGGAGGGCAUUCCAGCGAGGGUUUCAGCCGGAGUUGUGGAACAAAAUAUUCGGGCGACUCCAGAUCAAGGACGUAGACCACCAACCAGACACUCCAUAUGGCGUGGACGAGGUUUACAAGGCAGCGGAGUUUAUUCUUCAUGGGACGUCGGCCAUAGGGACCACUGAGAAGCGUCCGGAGCCAGCCAGCAGCGGUCCGAGUGCACCACUUGUAAAAACGGAGGACCUGUCGUCACUGGUGGAGGUUAUUACAAAGUCCAUCAGUCAAGCCUUAGUAGCCGCUGUCCAACAGAAUGCUGCGAUGGCUCCUGCGACGUCCAACAGGCCUGCCCCCCUGAAUUAUAACUGCAUCUACUGUGGGGAGCACGACCAUUUGAUCAGGAGAUGUCCCAAGGUCGAGGAGGAUAUUAGGUGCCGGUCGGUGCAAGCGGAACGCGGAGGGACAAGUGGUCCUGCCAGGCGGAGCGAUGGUCUCGAGAACCCUGGGCAGACAAGCGUCCAUUUAUUGGACACAAUGCUAUGGGAGGAGGUGCGAGCGUCGGCGGCCCCACAGACCACGGAUAUGUUCCAUUUGGACCAGCGGGAGCGAAUUGAGGCCUUGGAGUGGGAAUUAUUUGCGUUGAGAGGGAAAGGGAAGCAGGUGUUUGACGGAGUCUAUGUUCCUCCUCCGAAUAGGUCUUCCAACCCCUCCAAGGAGUCCGGAGUUGGUCCGACAGGUCCCGCACCCUCUAGAGCCAAGAGUCAACCGGUACGAGAACAGCCAGUGGCCGAAGCAGUGCGGCCGGCAAUAAAUCGAGAGUCCCCACCUCACAUGUCAGAGGGACCAAUCCAUCCAUUCACCGGUGCAAGGGACGUCAACAGGCCUAGGCAGGCAAUUCCCCGGAGUGUCGAGAAAGGCUCGGCUCAAGCAGCAGAUGCGUCACAAGCCAAGGAGCCAGCCUACCGCACCCAGGCCCCUGUUUAUAAUCCUCGCAUCUCAGACCUGGUGUUUGAGCGGUCGCUCAAGACUCCGAAUAUUUCGUUGACCUCUGAGGAAUUAUUAUCCAUCGCUCCGGAGGUCCGUGCGAAAUAUAGGGACAUUGUGACACCCAAGAAAGUGCCCGCGCCGCCCGCUGUUCGACUCCAAGCCACUAUACAGGAAGUGGAGGAUGAAGACGAUGGUCCGGAGUUGCCAGACGUGGAGCAAUUAAUUCACAGCGGUAGUUCAAUCCGUCCUGGAGUGCUGGUGGUACCCGACCCCUAUGAAAUUUAUCUCCGGAGUCUAGGUCCGGGGGAGACGCCGAAGCAGUUGGUCGUGGCCAAGGAGUCGCAUGCUCUGCGGUCCAUUAUGGGGCUCAUAGACAACCAGGAGAAGGUCGAGGCAAUUUAG